AUGAAUAAAAUCGGACCCAUUCGAUCUGGGUUGUGGUUCCUGAAUUGGCAGUUUACCUGCUUAGCCGCUGCGGUUGCUGCCUUUGCGUUCUUCGACAACAAUUCCCAACUCGUUGCGGCGAGUCUCAUUGUGGGCGUUGCUCUAAGUCGAAUUGGACUUUGGGGAUUUGAUUUAUCGGUGCAGUUUCUCGUCCAGGAGGGCGUUGAUGAACAUGCGCGCGCCCGCUUUUCGUCUACGGAAAUGGCACUGCAGAAUAUCUUCGAACUAUUCUCGUUUGCAACGACCAUCGCCUUCCCUCUCCCGGAGCAGUUCAAGUAUCCGGUGUAUAUCAGUUACGGGGCAAUUGCAAUGGCAGCAAUAUGCUUCGCAGCCUACGUUCCGAAAGCACGGGGAACAGGCCGAUCAGGUCCCCGCCGCCGUACCGGCUGUUUGACGUGCCGCGCACGUAAAGUCCGCUGCGACGAGGCCAAACCAACCUGUGCCAAUUGUACUCGACUACGGCUGCAAUGCAUCUACAAAACUAUUGUUCCAGGAGCUACAUCCCGACGAAAUAUCCAGAGGAUUCCCCAAGUUCUUCCGCAGGCUUUCACUAUCGACCCGGCCUCCACUCAUGUUCCAGAUCGUCUGGAUGUCAACUACUUUGACACAGUUCUGCAGCCUCGUGAGCUGCGUCCUCGUCGGGCAUCGCAUAUCUUGCCUCACCAGGUGGCAGACCAUACCCUGCCCCCAACGUCGGUUUCAGUUCCUGAUUUUCCGAGUUUUGAUAUGCUCAGCUUCAUUGGGGAGAUUACGUCGGAUUUCGAACAGAAACAUCUCGACUUGACGAAUGGUGUGUCUGCAUUCACUCUUACCAGUGAAGCGCUAUCUCCAACGACGCCGGGGCAUGUUGGAGGUAGCAACCAGAUAGUGCAACAACCGACGUGGACUGUUGAUACAUCCGCCGAGACACUUCCUAGCCCUUCCGACAGUCAAUCGGAUGGGGUACAAAAUGUACUCUCAGGUGAUAGAAAUAUAUGGCCUGAGACGCGGCAAACUUACGAAGAACGGCUACUGUCUCAUUUUGCGGAGAUAGACCCGCCGCCAACAACAUUUGGGUCUAUUGCCCUAGAAUGGAAUUAUGCGAGCUCGGAGAUUCAGUCUUGUGUCACUGAGAGUAUGGAUGAUUCGCUACUGAAGCGGGCAUUGACGGCGGUUUUCCUGCUUAUGCUAUCAGAGAUAGUAUCACUGCCAGACCUAGGGGACUCUAGUACGUCCUUUCUUCAUUCAGCGUACUUGCUGCUACAGCGCUUCCACCACCGAACCAAGUUAUGGACCGGGUUUGGCCAUUUGAUAGUUUCAUGGGUCUCUCUGCUGGACGUUAGAGCACUAAUUGCUGGCCGUGAUGGGGACCCGCUUGUUGAGCUAGGGAUGCUGGAUCAAAUCGGCACUGCUGAGAUGGAUCAAAGACCAGAGGAUGAGCUUCUCUCGCAACCGGGCUAUCUCAUACACAAUGCCAUUGUUGGCCCCGCAUAUUCCUUCCUAUUCAAGGCGCAACAAGUAAUCCGCCGUAUUAUUUGCCUCGACAUGCAUCACCGCAGGCGCGGGACAGUCAGCGAUGAGUUCGAAGUCCUUCAGGUUGCGCACCAGAUCGGUGCCGACCUAGAAGCCCUCUGGAACAGACGACCACGAGUACUAGACGUUUAUGACAAGCCAGAAGAACUAUAUAACACCCUUCAACCAGCCGUGGCAGACGAAGUCUGCCGCACGUUUCGCCAGUAUAUAGCCAAUUUCCUGGCCAUCUUCAUAUAUCUCCACCGAGUGGCUUUUGUGAUCUACCCGCGGACAGACCGGGUGCAUCGCGCGGUGGACCAGAUCAUCCAGCUGGCCACGGUGGAGUCUAGCACGCAUGGCCGACUUGCCCAGUGA